UUCAUGAGGAGGGAACUCCUUUGCAAAGAGAGAGACUGGGAGAGAGAGAGAGAGAGAGAGAGAGAGAGAGAGAGAGAGAGAGAGAUUCCAGCUGAUCACGGGAAAUCAUCAUCAGCAGCAGCAGCAGCAGCAUUCGGAUCGGCUGCAUGAGGACCCCCAGGUGUGGUCAUGUCUGGAUUCUUUCUACCUGUGCUGUUGCUCCUCCCCCUGGUGGCUUCGGUCCCCUCCCCCUCAAGGUCACCACCCAAAUACUGCCGCAGGUGCUGCGAUCACCUGGACCCUCCUAUCAACUCGCCCCGUCCCGUGGCCUACCAGGCUCCCGAAGUUCGCACGUUCAUUAACAUGACCAUUCUCAAAGGGGACAAAGGUGAUCGAGGCGAGCGAGGAACACCGGGUAAGGCAGGGGCAGAAGGUCCUCCGGGUUCCCGAGGCACUACUGGUCCAAAAGGCAGCAAAGGGCAAGCCGGAGCUACAGGAGACCCCUGCAAGACACAACACUCGUCCUUCUCGGUGGGCCGCCGGAAGGCCCUCCACAGCGAUGACUAUUACCAAGCGUUGCUCUUUGACACCGUCUUUGUCAACAAGGACGAACACUUCAACAUGUUUAAAGGCAAGUUUUACUGCUAUGUCCCGGGCAUCUACUUCUUCAACAUCAACAUCCACACGUGGAACUUCAAGGAGACCUACCUGCACCUGAUGCAGAACGAACGCGAGCAGGUGAUCCUGUAUGCGCAGCCCAGCGACCGCUCCAUCAUGCAGAGCCAGAGCGUCAUGCUUUCUCUCGAGCUUAACGACGAAGUAUGGGUGCGCCUAUACAAACGCGAGCGUGAGAAUGCCAUUUACAGCGACGACGUUGACGUCUACAUCACCUUCAGUGGCUACCUGGUGGCUCCUGCUGUGUAAAAAAAACACGGAUGUUUUCUCAAUACUGAGAGUAGGAUUUAUGGAUUAAGGCUUCUCUCAGGGAAAAAGCGUGCCAAGGGAGUUCUCUGAAAGGGAAGGAAACAGUGCUCAUUUAAUAAUCACAGUGCAUUAGGUACAUUUGGCUGACAGAUUUACAUAUUGGUGCUAAUUAGACACGGUACUUUUGGUACCCUUUUAAACCUUAUGAUUUUUGCUGUGUUAAAUAGAAUUCCUUUGGCUGCAGAGCAGCCUUGUUAACUUAUCAAUGGUUGAAAGUAUGCUGAAUAUCCUUUAAGUCUUCUUAGAAGCGUCCUCUAAACACAGCAUUAUACAUUGUGAAAGGAAACCAGGUCACCUGUACUGUAUUUGUCCCUCCCAAAAAAUCCUCGCCUAAUGAAAUGGGGCUGACUGGAAAAUACUCCAGACUUACAUAAUCCUUUUGUCUGGAUCAUCGUCUUUAAUUUUGACCAGACAAUGUCUCUGGUAUCCCAGAACCAGCCUGAUUUUAGUAAAUAUUUUUCUGUGUUGAAAAGACUUUUGCUUAUACCAGCUGGACAUACCAGCUUUUUCAAUGCCAUUAACAAUAAUGACAGAGGUAAUAAUGUAGCAGUAGCAGUACUUAGGCUGAAACCAAAAACUCAGUUCAUCCUGCUAAUGUUCAAAAAGAAUCAGUCCAUUCUUUGUAAUUAUAAUCAAUAUAAUUAUUUUUCAUAUAAACGAGCAAAUAAGGUAUUAGAUAUGAGAUGUGUGGUACAGGAUGAAUACAUUAGGAACUUACUCAAUUCUCUUUAAAAAGUGACUGUAUACUUUUGGUGUAAUGGCAUGCAAUUGGAUUUAAAUUUAUAUAUAUAUAAUUUUUGUUUUAUCAUUUUUGGAGACACAGGCAUAUUCCUUUUUUGUAUGCAACAAACCAGUUAAAACACAAAGCAAGAAUUGAAAGAAAAUAUUGUUAGUAUUGAAAGUAAUGAGUCCAAAUGUAAAAAGUUUGGAAUAUAGAACCAACAUGGCAACCAUUUUAUACAUCAACACCAUGCAAUUCGGUCUGGACUACAGCCAAUUGGAACCAACUUCACCAUAUAACAAAAGAUUAGCCCAAAGCAUACAUCUAAGCUAAUUUAUUUCGAGAGCAAACAAUGGGCUGGAGUGUUAUCUAUUAUGGAAUGGCCUGCCCAGUCACUACACCCAAAUCCUAUUGAACUGCUCUGGGAUGAACUGGAUCACAAGGUCAAAAAGAAAUCUCCAACUGGUGAAGAACACCUUUGGCAAAUUUUAUAAGAGGCAUGGCAAAGAAUUUCAGCUAAACGUUUGGAAAAACUAAAUAAAAGGAAUAAAAGGAUGCAUGUGUUUCUUAAAAAACAUAAGACUAGAUGUUUGCAAACUUUUGACAGGUGCUAUAAACACAGUUGCAUACCCUUGCAUCUUAAACUAAAUAUGUGCAUGAAUCCAAAGUGGAUUAAAUAUCCUGGUACUGGCCCAUUUUUACUGUCGUUUCUUUUGCUGCAUGCACAUCAGCUUAGGCCUUUUAACGACAACCAUAAAAAUAGAAAUUGAGCAAGGACAGGAAAACUUGGCUGAUGCUUAACCUACUUAGCAUACCGGAUGUGAUAUACCACUUAACUUUGCUUAGCCCAAUAUAAAAACUAAGCCUGAAAGCUUUUAUCCAUGCAAUGUGUAUUAAAAUAAUGUACCCAGAGGGAUUCAUUUGAAGAUGAUUUAGCACUUAAGUAUAAAAAAAUGGGGUCUUACGACAAAAAAACGGCCAACUGGCAAUCAAUUUUAAACAGUUUUGGCACAGUAAAUGUACUCUAUUACUCACAUUUGUGUUGUGCAAAUCCUACAUUGUCAAAUUGUGGAUAGUGAGGACAGGACAUCAUGGAAGGGACAGUGGAACUUAAAAAAAAAAAGAGUGGUGUAAAAGUGUCUAAGCUGAGCUGUAUUAAUACUUUGCAAAUGAUAUUGAUUGGAGCUGAAAGAAAAAAAAAGAGCCCACCCAUCUGUCUCUGGAAGGAAACUCAGCUGUGUUUGAGCUGCUGUGUUUAUAGACACCAGAAACAGGAAACCAGACCAACUAUCUGUAAUCACAUCCAGAGAAAAAAAAAGAGAGCGUAAUGAAGGACCAGGGGGUAGGGCCUUGCUUGAAAUAAACCACACAUCUUUAUUUUUUUAUUUUUAUUUUUUUACACUAAAGCAGCCUGUUGUCAAAACUACUAUUAAUCACUAAUACAGACAAGAACAGUUGGUUCGAGGUCAAAGAAAUGUGUAGUUUGGACUUAUAUUUGCUGUUAUAGACAUGUUUUAUUAUCGAAAAAAUGGCUAGUUCUCUGCAGAGAAAACCACACUUGGCUAAGGCAGAGUUAACGCUGAUGUUAUUGCUUGUAUAAACAAUUAAACAUAAGGUUAUGAGCAGGUCAUGGUGAGACAGUGUCUACAGAAAAUUGCAACCAUUUGGAUUUUAUUAAGUUUGCCCGACUGUAUAAAUAUGGUUUUAAUGGCAUUGAGGAGGUUUACAGUGUUUGCUGAUUUUGGAUCAGUUUUUCCACAUGUAUGUGUGCAAGUCUGGGUUUCGUUUAGUCUUGAUUUUUAAGGUUGUUUUGCAGCUGUAAGCUCAAUUUCGAGUCUUUGGCAUCUAUAGCUGUGGCAAAUAUCUUACAGGAGCACUAUUGAGUUCCUGCCAUAUGACAGUUUUACUUGUUUUGCUGUGCUAGCAAGUAAAAAAAGAAUUAAAAUAAAACACAGCAAGGUUUUAGAGUAAGUUUAGGAUUGGCUGGAGUUCACCAGAAAAUGCAUUUUUAGGUGAUGAUACCAUCGAAAUCAUGCCUUAAAGUAAAGCUUUGAAUUUCUGUAGUUAGCAUAUUAUAACAAAAUUCUGUUUUGUGGUGAAUUUAUCAUCAAAACUUGCCUCAGAGUAAAGCUGGCAUUAGCUGAAGUUAGCAUAUAAAAAACAAACAUUUAUGACAUUUCCAGUGGAUUUUGCUUUCACAACAGUUCCAGCUCAAGGAUAGUUUUUGCUGGAGUUGGUAUAUCACAAAACAAUUUAUUUUCUUGUGUCUGUCUUUUUUAAAAAAAAACAACCUCAAGUAAGAUGUGUCUCAAUUUAGCAUCUUUCAAGAAAGACUAUUUAUAAAAAAAUUCAGCUGAUCUUGCCAGUAGCAAGGCCAGGGGUCUCAACAUGUGAUUUUACAAAAAGAUCUUUCAACUUUAGUAGCAUUAAGACGUCUAUGUGUGAAGUUUGAAUUAGCUGGAGUUAGCACAUUACAGGAAAUUGAAUUUAUUUUCGAUUUUCAGUAUUUCCUCCCAUAACAAAAGUUUAGAAUGGACCCAUCACUUUAAAAAAAAAAAAAGAAAGUCCAUUUGGGUAGGUGCUGCACUCAAAAAUUUAAGAUGUUUGAAUAUCACCAGAAAAUCUCAUUUCAGGUUAUGGUACUAUAAAAAAAAUAUGCCUUAGCUUUUAGAAGGUUUAUACGAUUUCUAGUGUUUUUGUCAUUGAAUAAUUAAUUCAAUCUAGUAUUGUCUGAAGAGGUUAUAUUAUAAGAAUUUAUUUUUAAGAAACAUGAUGUGGGCGGAGGCUGGUUGGUCUGGGAGGAAAGCUUUUAUCAACUUCCAAAAGCACAUUACCAAAUAAGCUGGCACUUUCCAAAUUAAGCUUAGCAGUUAUGGCUCAUACACUUUAACCAGCCAAUAUCUGCUCAAUUCCACAUCUAAUCCAGAUGUUACUCUGGACUUUCAGAUGAGUGGAACUAAACAAGGCAAAGAUUGAACACCAGGCGUUGGUCACUCACCAAAAUCCGUGAAGUAGGUCAAAUUUCUGACUCGCUGAUCGGGCUAUUUUUAGAAUAGAAAACCAGAACUUUAUUAGAACCUGAGGAGUUGUAUCAGUUUGCCUGUCACACUGACCCUUUCUACCAUGUUUUCACAGAUUACACGUCAGGUCGUCUAAUUUCAUCAUGUUUGCAAAUAAUAAUAAUAAUAAUAAUAAUAAUAAUAAUGUUGUUCAAGCAGAGGUUUAAGCACCUGGUGUUUCUCCAGGUGUCCCUGAUGCCGGGUCUGAGAUUGGUGCUGUAUUAGGAAGGUGCUAAUUUGUAGGUUUACUGGCAAAAGUGCACUUUUUUUGUAUACAUGAAUAGAAAUAAUGCUUGUAUUAUGUAAAUAUGUUUUUAUGUACCAUCUAUCAUCAUUAAAAAUGUAGCAAAGUGA